AUGCCCCCUAAGAAAGGCGCCCUUGCGGACGCGUGGGAUGACGACUGGGAAUCCAUUGCCGAUAAAGAAGACGACAGGCCAGAUGGAAACCAGCCUGAGCCCGAGCCCAAACUGACCAAGGCUCAACUCAAAGCCAGACACGCCGAACUGAAUAAGCAGAUCUGGGAGUCGGCCGAGAACCCAGAACCUCAGUGGUAUCCCCAAGCACGCAACCCCAUCCCCGUUGAACCGACCUUCAAGCCCAAAGUCACAAUGCUCGCGCGCAAGCCCGCCCCGCAACUCCUCUCCCGUAAUAUGGCAGGCAUGAGCCUCGACGACGACGACAGCGAAGAAGAGCGCCAAAAGAAGGCGGCUGCAGACUUUGAAGAACGCAAAGCCCGUGCCCAGCGCGAACGAGCAGAGAAAGAGCGUAAAUAUGCAGAAGCCCGUGAGAGAAUCUUUGGUUCACCUGCUACCUCUGCCACAGAAGACUCGCGCAGUAACUCGCCGGGCAAGGCUACACGCGGAAAGGGACGAGGGCGCGCUGGUAGGGACAGUCAGCCGAGAUCGAGCAACGAGCAAUCACCGGCAAGAGCGGCGGCGGCGGCUCCAGCUCGCCAGCUUUUCGAUCCAACGUACGCGCCGAAGCCGGGGAGUGUGUAUAUCCAGAAAAAAGAAGCUGGUUCAAGUCGGCCCGCUACGCCGAAUGGGCAGGAAAAGCCUAUUCGUCAGCCUCAGGGGCCUGCACGGGGUGGUGGGCGUGGUUUUGGGUUGAGGGGAGGUGGGGUACAGGCAGGUCCGUCAUCAUGA